UGGGGGGUGGGAAAUAAUAAGGUCGCAAGGAUGACGGGUGUUGAGGAGGGUAAGGGGAGUGGUGGAGGCGAGGGUAUCGAUGUUAGCGCCACUGAUAAGGUUGGACAACAGAACGGCGCCAUGGAAAAAGCACCCGUUGUUGCCGGAACCAAUAUGGAAACAUUACCAAGACCCGGCAAACAGAGCGAUCCGAGCACAGCUUUUCUUCGAGCUGCACGAGCUGGACAACUGGAGAAAGUUUUAGAAUUCUUGGAGUCUGGAGUAGACAUUAACGCUUCAAACGCUAAUGGCUUGAAUGCUCUCCACUUGGCAGCCAAGGACGGCCACUUGGAGAUAGUGCGAGAGCUCUUGACACGUGGUGCGACAGUCGACGCAGCCACCAAGAAAGGAAACACCGCCCUACACAUUGCUUCUCUCGCUGGACAAGAGGAAGUUGUACAACUGCUCGUUCAAAAAGGCGCCUCUGUCAAUGCACAAUCCCAGAAUGGUUUCACCCCUUUGUACAUGGCAGCCCAGGAAAAUCACGACUCUGUUGUUAAAUUCCUACUCAGUAAAGGAGCCAAUCAGACACUCGCCACUGAGGAUGGUUUUACUCCUCUUGCUGUUGCCAUGCAGCAGGGCCAUGACAAGGUCGUUGCCGUCCUGUUGGAGAGUGACACCAGGGGAAAAGUUCGUUUACCCGCACUUCAUAUCGCCGCUAAGAAAGAUGACUGCAAGGCUGCGGCAUUACUACUACAAAACGACCAUAAUCCCGACGUGACAUCGAAGAGUGGUUUUACCCCCCUUCACAUUGCUGCCCAUUACGGAAAUGAUCGAAUUGCCUCACUGCUGUACGAAAAAGGGGCCGAUGUUAACUUCGCUGCGAAGCACAACAUAACUCCAAUGCACGUUGCAGCAAAAUGGGGAAAAAUAAAAAUGGUGAAUUUAUUAAUGAGUAAAGGCGCUAACAUCUCAGCAAAGACUCGAGACGGCCUGACACCUCUUCAUUGUGCGGCACGAGCUGGUCACCACGAAGUUGUUGACAUUCUGAUUGAAAAGGGUGCUCCAAUAGGAUCGAAAACAAAGAAUGGUUUAGCCCCUCUGCACAUGGCGUCCCAGGGUGAUCACGUAGAUGCUGCCAGGAUUUUACUCUAUCAUCGGGCACCUGUCGACGAAGUAACUGUAGAUUAUCUAACAGCUCUUCACGUUGCGGCCCAUUGUGGUCACGUACGUGUUGCAAAACUUCUUCUCGACCGCAAUGCAGAUCCAAAUGCCAGAGCACUGAACGGCUUCACGCCACUCCACAUCGCGUGCAAAAAAAAUCGUAUUAAAGUUGUGGAAUUGCUGCUUAAGCACAAAGCUAGUAUCGAAGCAACGACUGAGUCCGGCCUUACGCCCCUUCAUGUCGCUAGUUUUAUGGGUUGUAUGAAUAUUGUUAUAUAUUUAUUGCAAAACGAAGCUAGUCCGGAUAUACCCACCGUCAGAGGUGAGACACCACUUCAUCUUGCCGCAAGAGCUAAUCAAACGGAUAUCAUCAGGAUAUUGUUGAGAAAUGGAGCGCAAGUUGAUGCCAGAGCCAGGGAAGAGCAGACACCGCUGCAUGUUGCCUCGCGGCUUGGCAAUGUCGAUAUUGUCAUGCUUUUACUCCAACACGGUGCCGACGUUGAUGCCACAACAAAAGACUUGUACACACCCCUUCACAUCGCAGCCAAGGAAGGCCAGGAGGAGGUUGCAUCUGUGUUAUUGGAAAACGGUGCUUCUCUCACUGCAACAACGAAAAAGGGCUUCACUCCCCUGCACUUGGCCGCUAAAUACGGUAAUAUGAACGUGGCUAGACUUCUACUGCAGAAAAAUGCUCCAGUUGAUGCCCAGGGUAAAAAUGGAGUGACACCCCUCCACGUGGCAUCGCAUUACGAUCAUCAGAAUGUUGCACUUUUGCUGUUGGAUAAGGGAGCUUCGCCCCAUGCAAUGGCUAAAAAUGGUCACACCCCUCUUCACAUCGCUGCUCGAAAAAAUCAAAUGGAUAUUGCCACUACCCUUUUAGAAUAUGGAGCUAAAGCAAAUGCUGAAUCAAAGGCUGGAUUCACGCCUCUUCAUCUCAGUGCUCAAGAGGGGCACACCGACAUGUCAACCCUGUUGAUUGAACACAAAGCUGAUACUAAUCAUAAAGCAAAGAAUGGACUCACGCCGCUUCAUUUAUGCGCACAAGAAGAUAAAACCAAUGUUGCUACAAUCCUCGUUAAGAAUGGAGCCCAAAUCGACGCUAAAACUAAGGCGGGCUACACACCACUGCACGUGGCAUGCCACUUUGGUCAAGCAGCCAUGGUGCGUUUCUUAUUGAGAAAUGGAGCUGCAGUUGACAGUGGUACUGCAGCUGGUUACACACCACUCCAUCAAGCCGCUCAACAGGGUCACACAUUAAUUAUCAAUUUAUUGCUGGAGAGUAAAGCUAAACCCAAUGCAGUCACAAACAAUGGCCAAACAGCCUUGGGGAUCGCGCAAAAGCUUGGCUACAUCAGCGUCGUUGAAACCCUCAAAGUCGUCACUGAAACUGUCAUCACGACUACCCACACUAUCACCAUCGAGGAGAAAUACAAAGUUCAAGCACCAGAAUCGAUGCAAGAGACAUUUAUGAGCGAUAGUGAAGAUGAGGGCGGUGGUGAUGAAAUCGGCAUUGCGGCCAUGAAUGUGUAUGGACAACCGCCACACGCGCAACACGUGUAUCUCCCUUCCUACUACCAGGGCCAAAUGACCUACACCCGCGAAGAUCCAAUGCUGAGUGACCAGCAACAGUAUCGUUAUAUGACUGUUGAUGACAUGAAGUCAAUGGGUGACGAUUCAAUGAGGGUAAAUGUUACCGACGAUGAGAAGGACAAUCGACAUUCCGGAGGAGUCAGCGUUACUGACAUGGUGACCAAAGAAACCUAUCAGCGAACCAAUGCAGCAACCCUCAAACCUGACAAUGUAGACAUUCACAGACAUCCGGUACACGUUGGACUGUCACUAGAGUUCUUAAAUUCGUCGCUGGCGGCCCUUGGUAGCCAUUCAAAAGGACAAGGAAUGUGGAGGGACAGCUUCCUGGUUUCUUUCCUGGUGGACGCACGUGGGGGUGCAAUGAGAGGAUGUCGACACAGUGGUGUGCGGGUUAUUGUGCCACCGAGAAAGGCAGCGAUGCCGAUGCGAGUCACCUGCAGAUAUUUAAAGAGGGAUAAGCUGACAAAUCCACCACCUCUGAUGGAGGGCGAGGCGCUUGCUAGUAGAAUUCUUGAACUUGGUCCAGUUGGCGCCAAGUUUUUAGGGCCAGUGAUUAUUGAAGUUCCACAUUUUGCAUCACUUCGGGGUAAGGAACGAGAAAUUGUUAUUCUGCGAUCGGACAAUGGAGAAACCUGGCGUGAACAUACCCUGGAGGCCAGUGAAGAAGCCGUACAGGAUGUUCUAAACGAGAGCUUUGAAGGAGAAGAAUUGAGCCAGCUAGAGGAUCUUCAAACGUCUCGAAUCGUCCGGAUUCUCACGGUAGAUUUUCCCCACUACUUCGCGGUCGUGUCAAGAAUAAGGCAAGAGGUUCACGCAGUCGGUCCGGAGGGUGGAACUGUUUCAUCAUCUGCAGUACCACAAGUCCAGGCAGUAUUCCCACCGGCUGCAUUAACGAAAAAGAUCAGAGUUGGCCUACAGGCUCAUCCAAUACCCGUUGAACUGGUAGCCAAACUUCUUGGGAAUCGUGUGGCAGUAUCACCAAUAGUAACUGUCGAGCCUCGACGAAGAAAGUUCCACAAACCAAUUACACUGACGAUACCCGUACCUCAGGCAGCUAACAAGGGCAUGAUAAAUCAGUACUCUGGGGAGACCCCAACAUUGAGACUGCUCUGCAGUAUAACUGGUCGUUCAGGGGGUCAGUCACGGGCGGUCUGGGAGGACGUAACCGGCUCAACACCACUCCAAUUCGUCAAGGAUUGUGUGUCAUUCACAACAACUGUAUCAGCCAGGUUCUGGCUGAUGGAUUGUCGAAAUGUCACGGAAGCAACGAAAAUGGCUACUGAGCUCUAUACGCACGCCACACAUGUUCCUUUCAUGGCGAAAUUCGUUGUAUUUGCCAAACGUGUGGAUCCUCUAGAGGCACGUCUCCGUGUAUUCUGCAUGACAGAUGACAAGGAGGACAAAACUUUGGAGCACCAAGAGCACUUCACCGAAGUGGCAAAAAGCCGAGAUGUGGAAGUCCUCGAGGGUAAAACUCAGUACAUGGAGUUUGCGGGUAAUCUCGUGCCAGUUCUGAAGACUGGCGAACAACUUCAAUUACCCUUCCGAGCCUUCAAGGAAAACCGUGUGCCGUUCACCGCCCGAGUUAAAGAUCCAGAUGCCGCUGACAUGGUCGGUAGAAUAAUGUUCAUGAGUGAACCAAAAGUUGCCAAGGGCGAACCACCUCAGACACCAAUUUGCACACUCAACAUUCUUCUUCCUGAGAAAAUUUCACCCGAUGCAGCCCACAGCGAGCUUGAUCUCCUGGAAUUAUCAAAGAACUACAGCUUCUUGAGGGACGGUGGUAUAAGCAGACCUGACACCAUUCAUCGAGCCACGAUUCGUCUCACUGAUAUCGCAAAUCUUCUCGAUCGUGAUUGGGAGAAGCUCGCUGAGGAACUGAAUAUUUCGGCCGGGGAUGUGGAAUUGAUAAAAAUGGAACAUCCGGAGAAACCGGCACUCCAAGCGGCUACCAUGUUUAAGAUCUGGCAAGCCAACGGAAACAAAGCGACAGGGAACACACUGGAGAAGGCCCUAAAUAAAAUUGGCCGUGAGGACAUCGUGAAAAAGUGUAUAUUCAACGUUGAACUGGUAACUGACGACGUUGAGAAGGCGGUAGCAAGGGUCAGGCUUGAUCAGCCUGGUUUUGAUUCACUUAAAGAGGAACUCGGACCAUCCAGAGACUCAUCAUUACGACGAGAUGGCACACUCGGAGAUCGUAAAAGCGCUCUUGAUUACGACGAGCCAGAUCGAAUGAGAGACUCUGAGUCGAUCGAGGAUCUUAAAGCAGUCGGUAACGUGCCGCGCAAACAAACAAAACAGCAGCACAUUACAAUCAAUGGCACUACUGUCUUCAACGGUACCUCUACCCCAAUUAAAAACAAAUACGCAAGCGAGGAGAAAGAGCUUAUCGACGUAAUGGCAGAUUUUCUCGAACAAAAGUGUCAUAAGUCAGACACAAUGACUAUAAGAAUACGAGACGAAGCAGACGAUGACAAUAAAAAUCGACAAAGAAUAAUUGAGGAUGCAAACAGACUGGUUACUGGUGUUUUACAAGACGCUGAGAAAGAGAAGGAGAAAUUAGCAAAGGAGGGGUGGUCAGGGGUUUAUGAUGAUGCGAGUAAAGAGGCAGAAGGUGCUGUAGGGCAGAUUGAGGGAAUUAUAGCUAACGAGAGUGUAGGUCGCGGGGAAGACUCGAUUGAGCCGUUGUUUAUUAUGAAAAAGAGAAUUGAUACCCCGCACGGUACUAUCAUUACUACGAUUACAACCACGACAAAAGGUGAUCCCAAAAGUAGAACAGUUGUGUCAGAAACAAAGACCGUUAAGGAAACAAUGACACCGGCGGGUGGUCAAGUGCAUUUACCUGAAACUAAAGAGCCAGGGGCUCUGUCCCAAGACACUUCCAAGAAAAAAGUCACUAUCACAGAAACUACUGUGAUCCUCGAUUCUGAUCUUAAGGACGCGGCAAUUUCAACCAAAAAAUCGAUGGAUGAGCCAAGUGCGCCGAUGGCUGCGUUUGACCCAAACGUUGAAGCCGAUCGCACUGUGGAAGAGGCCCAGGACAUCGACAGGAUCCAAUCUGAUCCUGUGCAGAUGUCGGCAAAAGAGCGAAGUGCAAGUGAAAGUCAGAAAUCAUCGAAAGGCGGCAAGGAAAUUGCCGAGAAAACACUGAAAAAUAAAUUGAACGAUGACGUUAAAGAUAUAAAACCCAUGAAAUCAACGAAAGAAGGAGAAACUGAUGGUUAUGAUGGCGUGUAUGUGUCUUCAGAUGAGUCAAAGGCUGAAGAAGGAAAGAAGAAAGAGAAAGGUGGCAUUUUCUCUGGUAUAUUUAAGGGACCAAAACUAAAGAAAGGGAAAAAACGAGACUCGAAAGAGAUAUCGUUUGACAGUGGCGAUGAAGACAUCAAAGCGACGAAGGAGUUUCUCGAAGACACGAGAAAAGUUGCUGAUCUGACACGAGACUCUCCUCAAUUCGAGUAUCCUCCUUUCGAUCCAAUGACUUAUAUAUGUAUUUGUCCUCAAAAACUUCCUGAACAAGAGCCACAUCGAGAUCCCAAGUGGUCAACAGCUGAUUUUCUCUACGACUCUCGAAGAAGUGCCGAGGCUUUUGUUCCGGACAUCGAAGAUCCUGAGGAAGAGCAGGAAAUCAAGCCCAUUGACGGUGUGGCUAUCACACCAGAGGCUGAAAAGACUCCAGAGAAGAAGAUAGAGACAAAAGAAGAACCAGUUAUUGUUGAUGAUCAUAAAGAAAAACACGGUUUCUUCUCUGGUUUGUUCAAGGGAUCAAAGAAACAUGAUGGCGAAGUGGAUUCCCCUGUUAUGAAGGCGAAGAAAGAAGGUAAAAACAUCACAGUAAAACAGGAACAAGAAAUUCAGAAAUCUGUGAGUGAAUUGAAAAGUGGUGUGGAUGAUGCUAAAGAUCAGCUUGACUCAUCUGUGAAAACAGCAGUCGAUGAUGUCGACAGUGUUGUUUCAACGACUAAAAAGUCAGUCCUGGAUGACAUCACGGACAUCAAGAAAACUUUGCGUGACGAUAAGAAACAAAUUGAUGAUCGCUUAAACAGUCUCAAUACUGACUUGAAGUCACUCGACGAGAAAAUCAAGUCCGGUGUUGAUGAAAUAGAAAAAGAAACUCAACAUACUGCUGGAAAAUUAAAAACUAAUGCUGACGACGCCGCAGAUGAGAUCAAGGAUAAAUCUGGUGGUUUCUUCAGUAUUUUCAAGAGUCCUAAAACUAAAAACCGUCGCAGUCGAUCGAAAGAUAAGGAUACCUCUAAAGACGUCUCCUUCGACAGUGGAGAUGAAGAACUCAGGUUGACUACAGCUGCAUUUUUAGAAGACACGAGAAAAGCUGCGAAUAGAGCUUUAUCGGAAUUAGAAGAACAACCUCAACUCAAUGAACAAAGCGAUAUCAAAGUUGAAAAAUUCGUUGCGACUGUUCCGGACGAAUCGGGACUUCCAAAGGAUAAAUUAAAAGGCAGUUCAUACGAUAUAAAGAUAUCAAAAGUUGAGACAGUAACAGUAUCACCUGCCGAUCCGAAGGAUACAUCGCAAUCUUCAGAUCAAAAGCGCAGUCGUGCCGAUAAGAAGAAAAAAACCGAACAAAGAAAAUCAGGCGAAUUCUCAGAUUCAGCUGACGAAAGCAAAUCGAAGGGAACCAGCUUCUUCGAAAAGUUCAAAAGUCCGAAACUGAGAUCGAGAAAGAACCGAUCUAGAGAUCGAAGUACUUCAACAGAGCCUUCCUUCGAUAGCGGUGAUGAAGAACUCAGACAUGCAACAUCAAAAUUCCUAAAUGAUACCCGAACAAUUGCUGAGACAACUGGCAGUUGGGAAGAACCUAGAAAGUCUCUAAAGGAUACGCUGGUCACCGAUGAACCUACAUCCCCCCUAAAAGUAGACAUCAAACAGCCUCAUGAUGAAGCACUUGAUGGAAAAUCCAAAGAUGAGGAUGGCAAAGGUAAAAGUGGUCUUUUCGGAAUAUUCAAAAGUCCCAAAGGUAACAUCCGGAAGAGGAGUAAGUCAAGGGAGAAGAGUUCAUCAACUGAUGUGUCAUUUGAUAGUGGUGAUGAGGAUUUGAGGAUGGCGACUUCCAAACUUUUGGACGAUACUCGCAAAAUAGCAGAUAUUAUGGAAGAAAAUCCAUACCCAUCUGCUCCGGUUCUUGAAUCGCCGGAACGUGAUGGAGAUGGAGAGAAAUCAACAGAACCAAAUGAUAAAGCUGGUCUCUUGUCUGGAAUUUUGAAGAGUGCUAAACAUGCAGUUGAAGAAGUUACUGACGAUGUCAAAGAAUUCUGGGAAGAGACGAAAGAAGAGGCUGAAGAAGAGAAACAAAAAACUGAUCAUGAACUUGAGAAAACUACCAAAACAGUUGCCCAAAUUGGAGCCGGAAUAACUACUGGAGAAACUGUUACAGCUAAAAUUGAUAAGAAGAUUGAUGAACCUUUGGAGACUACCAUCCAUCUUCAAACUGUAAAAGAUGAAAUCAUCAGUGUGCCCGAUAAAACUGAUCACAACAUCCCACAAGACGUUAUGAUUGCCUCAACUGAAGUGAAAGAAAAAGCUAGCAAGACCAGCAAAGACAUUGAUAAGGCUAAGAAAUCUACAUCCAAGCCGAUCAAAAAAGAGAUUGAAGUGAAGAAAGGAAAAAUCGCAGUAGAUACAAAGAAAGUCUCAGCGUCGCCAACUCCUGCCAAACGCAAAACUGACAAAGUAUCAGAAAAAUCAAAAGAAAAAGGUUCCGGUCUCAUUUCAGGCCUCAUUAAAGGUGCUAAGCAUGCCGUAGAUGAAGUCUCAGAAGAUGUUAAAGAAUUUUGGGACGAGACCCAGGAUGAGGCUAAGAAGGAAGAAGAACGAGCUCAAACUGAAGCUGAGGCCGAGGUGAAGAAAAGCUCUUCCAUUAAGGAUUCCGAUUCAUCAGCUGACGAAGCAGGCAAAAAAGAAAAAGUAGUGGGAAAAGAUGCUCCAGGAGGGUUGAAGGGAAUCAAAGGAAAAGUGAUACAAACUACCACUACGACCGUUAAAACUACCAGGGUAUCUCCUCCGAAAAACGGCAAAGCUGUUGAUCAAACUAAAAAGGCGGCAGCACAACCUCCCAAAGAGGAAUCUAAAACAAUAAAAAGAAAAUUGAGUGACGUUGAUAAAACCGUUGCGGCUAAGACUAAAACUACCAAGGAAACCGUUACCGAAAAAGUCAAGGUUACUAAGAGUAUCCCAGAAGUACCGAAAGCUGCAAAGGAUACUACUGUAGAGAAAGUUAAAUCAGUGAGUCAGCCAGCUGUAGAGCAAACAAAGCUGUCUAAAAGUAGUCCUACAGAAAAGCUUAAAUCUGACAAAAGUAAUGGCCAGGAUAAGACGAAGCCAAUCAGGCAGUCUCCUCCGAAAGUUGUUGGAGACGUUGAUCAAGGUAAAAAGGCAGUUUCCAAACAAGUCAAAACCGAAAUCAAACUAACUAAGGGUAAAGUUGACACCACUUCGAAAGGUGCAGCAGGUCCAAAGGCUGCAGCCGUCAAAAAGGAGAAAGAAGUGAAAAAAGGAAAAGAUAAGGGUUCGGAUUUCUUGACAGGCAUCAUCAAAGGCGCUAAAGACGCAGCUGAUGAAGUUGCCGAAGAUGUUAACCAAUUCCUGGAUGAGACGCGAAGGGAUGCUGAAGAGCAGGAAGAGCAGUUGCGGCGAGAAGCUGAAGAGUCUGCUAAAACUGCUGAAGAUAUGAAGAACAAACUAGUUCAGGAUGUCGAGGCAGCUAAGGCUCAUGCAUCUGACAAAGUUACUGACAAGUCCAAGGAUGCUGUUGAUUUAAGUCAGGCAAUCACUAAAGAAGCAGAAGAAGUGAUCAGUGGUAUCGACGGUGAACUCAAGAAAGACACGAAACUCAUCCAAGAUCACAUCACUGAGACAGCAACAAUUGCUGUUGAUUCGACCGAAAAAGCAGCUGAUAAAGUUGAGAAAGAAGCUAAGAAAGCAAAAGAUAAAGGCAAGGGUUUCCUAUUUGGUAUUUUCAAGGGUAGUAAGCACGCCACCGACGAAAUGACUGAUAGCAUCCAAGAUACAAUCGAUGAUGCGAAGAAGGAAGCAGACAAGGGUAAAGCAGCCAUUCAAGAUGGAGUGAAAGAUGUAAAAGAAAAAGUCGAUCACGAAGUCACUGUAACGAAAGCGGAUAUUAAGAAAUCUAAAGACUCUGUUGAUAAGGAAAUUAAAGAUGGGAAAAUCUAUAUUGAUGAGAAAAUAUCUGGUGCGGCAACGGCUGUUAAAGAUGAUGUCGAUGCUGCACUGCGUCUAGGACAAAAGGAAAUUGAACAGGCAGAGAAAACAGUUGAAGUCGCUGUGAAAGAGACGGUGGAUAAGUAUGAUGAUGGUGUAUCUAAAGUCCGUAUUGGAGCUGCCAAAAUUGCUGAUGCUGCCGAAGAAACAUCUCAAAUAGCUCAGGACACUACGAAGCAGACAGUAGAUAACGUUGUCAAAACUAAGGAUGCUGCUGUAUUGGAAAUCAACAGAAAUGCACAGGUUGCGCAUGACAAAGUAAUUACUGCAGCUGACGAAAUGUCCGAUGUGAUUAAAGAUGAGAAAGACCUGAUUGAGAAAGAGGCCAAGAAAGCUAAAGACAAAGGCAAAGGUUUUUUCACUAACAUCUUCAAAGGAUCUAAACAUACAGUCGACAAUGCUGCGGACGACGUACAACAGUUCCUAGACAAAUCUAAAGAUGAAGCUGCCAGAGAUAGAGAACAACUGCGACAGAAUGCUGAAACCAUCGGUAAAAAUGUAACGGAUAUUAAGGAUGACAUCGUCAAUGAUAUCAAUUCCGGUAAAGAUGCUGUCAUUCAAUUAACUAAAGCCGGUGACGAUACUCUUUCUAGUACCACAAAGCAGGUAUCAAAUGCAGCUAAAGACGCAAGCAAAAAAGUGGCUGAUGAAAUAUCAGAUACCAAAGAUGCUAUUGCUGCUGACCUCCAGAAGAAAACAGACAAGUUGAAAGAAGACGUUAAGGAAAUUUCUCACACUGUUUCCAAAUCCACCGAUGAAGGUCAAGACAAAAUUGAGAAAGAAGCGACAAAAGCUAAAGAAAAAACAAAGGGUUUCUUCUCAGGAAUUUUUAAAGGAGUCAAACAUGCCUCGGACGAAGCUGUCGAAGAUGCAAAGGACCUUGCCGACGAAGCUGGAAAAGAAUUAAAAGAAGAUCAGCAUAAAAUAUCGAAAUAUGUUUCGGAUACCACCAAAACCGUUAGUGAUGGAGCAGUUGAAACUGUGACUGCAGGUAAAGAUGCGGUUAUUGAUGCUGGCCAAACCGUAGUGGACACAGCUUCCAGGACCGCACAGCAUGCAGAGAAGGCAACUGGCGACGCGAUAAAGAAAAUUAUCGAUGAUACAACAGAGGCGAAAGAUUCCAUAAGUGGAAAAAUUAGCAAAGACUCAAAGAACUUGAAAGGUCAAAUAGAGCAGGACAGCGAUAAAGUUGUUACUACUAUCCAAGAAAGUAAAGAUAAAGUUGAAAAGGAAACUGGAAAAGCUAAAGAUAAAACCAAGAGCUUCUUCACUGGCAUCUUCAAGGGCGGCAAGCACGCAGCUGAUGAAAUCAGUAAAGACACACAAGAUUUCCUUCAUGAAACUGAAAAAGCGAUGGAAGAAGAAGAUCGCAAACUAUCAGCGCAAAUCGCAGAAAAGAAAGCCACUAUUAUUGAGGGUGGAGAAAAGGCUCAUGAUAAGCUCGUCAACACAGCAAUUGCAAGUAAAGAGGCUCUUUCUGAUACAGCUAAGUCGGCUGAUGAUGCACUAAAAAGCGCAGCGGUAGGAACAUCAAAAGCGGUUGAGGACACUCUGAAGAAAGUUCCCGAAAAGAUAGAAGAAUCUAAGACAGCAGUGACCGAAAAGGCAAUAAAGGAGAUGGAUAAAUUAAAAGAUGACGUGAGCAAUGUCACCCAAUCUGCUAUUGACACCGCAGAUGCAACCACAGACAAGAUAGAAAAGGACGCCACCAAAGCUAAAGAAAAAACUAAAGGUUUCUUUUCCGGUAUCUUCAAAGGAGCAAAACAUUCAGCAGAUGAAGUCGCUCAAGACACAAAAGAUUUAAUGGGUGAGGCUGCAAAAGAAGUUCAGAAAGAUGAGCAGGUGGUAACCAAAAAAGCUUCAGAAGUAAAAGCGCAUGUUGCUGAUGUUGCUGAAAAGACUAAAGAUCAAGUUAUUGAUACUGCUGUUGCAGGAAAAGAGGCAGUUACUGACAUGGUUCAAGCUACCGGUGAUGUAAUUUCUAGUACUACGGGACAAGCCUCACAGGCAAUUCAUGGCACAGUUGAAAAAACGGCUGAUGAUCUAGCGCACGCAAAAAUAUCUGUGACAGAAAAAGUCAAAAAAGGUAUAGAAAGUUUGGAGGAUGCUGAAAAAGAUGUUGCCGGUACUAUCGGACAAGAGAGUCAAAAAGCGGAGAAGGAAGUGGCCAAAGCGAAGGGAAAAUCCAAAGGUUUCUUUUCCGGUAUCUUCAAAGGAGCGAAACAUGCUGCAGAUGAAGUCGUCGACGAUGUGAAAGAAUUUAUUCAUGAAACAGAAGAAGAAGCGAAAAAAGAUGAAGAAAAAUUAUCAAAAAAUAUUUCUGACACAGCAUCAGGGAUAAAAGACGUCGCAGAAAAGGCGAAGGAUAAAGUCGUGGACACUACUAUUGCAAGUAAAGAUGUUGUUGUCGAUGGUGUUAAAACUACCGGAGCAGCAAUCUCGAGUACUGCAGGAAAAGCGAAGGACAAACUCAUAGAUACCGCGGUCGCUGGCAAAGAUACUGUCAUUGAUGGAGCUAAAGCGACAGGUGAAGUAGUUUCAAAUACAGCAGUGGAAGCAAAAGAUAAACUUGUAGAUACAGCUGUUGCGAGCAAAGAUGCAGUUGUUGCUGGAACUAAAAGAGUAGGUGAUGCAGUUUCAACUGCUGCAGAACAAACAUCAAAAAAAUCUAAAGACACAGCUAAGAAAAUUUCCGAUAGUGUUAGUGAGACGAAAGAUACUGCAGCUCGUAAAGUAACUGAAACAGUAGAGAAUAUCCAGGAUGGAAUGAAAGAUGCUGGUCAUGCAGUCGCUGAAUCUGUCAAAGAAAGUGAAGAGAAAAUAGAGAAAGAAGCGAGAAAGGCUAAAGAUAAAACCAAGGGAUUCUUUUCAGGGAUUUUCAAGGGUUCCAAACAUGCCGCUGAAGAAGUAACCGACGACACGAAAAAUAUCAUUAAAGAAACUGGAGAGAAAUUGAUAAAACAAGAGAAAGACAAAAUUCCAGAACGAUCUUCAGAAGUCAAGCAGAGCGUGUCCGAAAUGAAGAAAGACAUUGAACAACAUACGGAAAAAUUGUCACAAGUUCCGGAUACCGCAGCAACUGUAACUGAUGCUGUAAAUAAAGUUAAAAAUGAACUGAUUGACAAAGCUACUACUGGCAAAGACACUGUGGUACACAUGGCCAGUGCUACUGGCGAUGCUCUUUCCAGUUCUGCAGACCAUGCAUUAAGAACCACUCAAGAUGCAUCACAAAAAGUUUUUGAUGGCGUAGCAGAUGCGAAGACCGCUGUCUGUGAACAAGUCAAAACAGAUAUGGAAAAUUUGAAAGAUGAUGCUCACGCAGUUGCAGACACUGUCCAGGAACAAGCAGACAAAAUUGAAAAAGAUGCGUUGAAAGCUAAGGAAAAAACUAAAGGAUUCUUUUCUGGCAUUUUCAAAGGAGCGAAACAUGCUGCUGAUGAUGCCACUGAAGAUACAAAAAAUUUCCUCGAGCAUGAAACGAAAUGCCUUCAACACGAUCAGGAUAAACUAUCAAAACAAUUUGUAGAUACCACAACAGCAUUUACUGAAACUGCAGGUAAAGCUGCAGAUAAAGUUGUUGAAAUAUCUGUAACAGGUAAAGAAGCCGCUGUUGAUGCUACCAAAACUGGUGCCGAUAUCCUUUCAAGUUCUACAGAACAUGCCCUAAAAACCACUGAAGAUGCAGCAAAGAAGGUUGUCGAUACGACCGCUGAUGUGAAGGAAGCUGUCAGUAAACAAGUAAAAACUGGAAUGGAAAAUGUAAAGGAUACAGUACGAGAUGCCGCUCAUACUGUUGAUGAUGCUGCUGCUGAAAUCAAGAGUGAAGCUGAAAAGGAGGCAACCAAGGCAAAAGAAAAAACGAAGGGUUUCUUUUCUGGCAUUUUCAAAGGUGGCAAACAUGCAGCUGAUGAAGUCGUUGAUGAUGUGAAAGACUUCAUGCAAGAAACUCAAGAUGAAGCAAACAAAGAAAAAGAGAAAAUAUCGAAGGAAAUUUCUGAUACAACAACUAGCAUCACUGACACUGCAGGACAUGUGCAUGACAAACUGGUUGACACUGUGGCAGCGGGUAAAGAUGCUAUUACUGACACAGCCAAGACAACUGGUGAUGUAAUUGCUAGCACUACCAAACAAGCAGUGGAGACAACCAAGGACACCGUUGAAAAAGCCAAUAAAAAUGUGAAAGAGACAAAACAAGCUAUAACUGACGAAGUGAAAAAAGAAACUGAAAGUUUGAAAGAUGGAGCGAAGCAUGCCACCCAGGCCGUCACAGAUUCCGCGAAGAAAAUUAAUGAGAAAGCAGAGAAAGAAGGAGGAAAAGCUAAAGAUAAAACGAAGGGCUUCUUUUCAGGGCUUUUCAAAGGCGUUAAACAUGCUGCUGACGAAGUAGUUGAUGAUGUCAAGGACUUUAUCCAUGAAACAGAAGACGAAGCAAAACAGGAGGAAGAGGAAUUAUCACACCACAUUUCCGAAACGACCGCCAGCAUCGCUGACGCUACUGACAGAGCAAAACGUGAAGUAGUCGAUACAGUCCAUGCGAGUAAACAAUCUAUUGCUGACAAAGCCGAGGCUGCUGGUGCGACAAUCUCCAGCACUACCGAGCAAGCAUUAAAGACAACUACAGAUACACUUAACGACAUUGGUGAUGGAGUGAAGGUAGAGACUAAAAGUUUGAGCGAUGGGGUAAAACAUAUCGCUGACACAGUUGUCGAUUCUGCAGACGAUGCCAAAAAGGAAGCUGAGAAAGGAGCAGCGAAAGCGAAAGAUAAAACUGAAGGCUUUUUCUCUGGCAUCUUCAAAGGAGCUAAACAUGCGGCUGAUGAGGUUGUUGAUGAUGUAACAGAAUUUAUUCAUACAACCGAAGAAGAAGCUAAACUCGAGGAAGAGAAAUUAGCCGGAAAAAUUUCGGAUACUACUGGAGCCAUUGCUGACACUGCACGAGAAGUCAAGGACCAGGGCGUUGCCACCGUUGUUUCCAGUAAGAAUGCCGUUAUUGAUACUGCUAAGAGUACUGCUGAUGCAGCGUCCAGUGUUGCCGGAAAAGCGUCAAAGGCAACUAAGGAUACCGCAAAGAAAAUUGUCGACAAUGUAACAGAAGCAGAAAAUGCUGUAGCUGAAAAGCUAAAGAAAGACACGGAAAGUGUAAAGGAUGAGGUGGAACAUGUAGCUUCUGCUGUCGCCGAGUCGGCUCAAGAAAAUAAAAAUGCAGUUGAAAAAAAAGCAGCGAAAGCUAAAGAAAAAACCCAUGGAUUCUUCUCUGGAAUUUUCAAAGGAGCUCAGCAUGCGACUGAUGAAGCUGCCAAAGAAACAAAAAAAUUGAUCAAUGAAACUGGAAAGAAGAUAGAAACAACCGAACAAAAAGCUGCAGAAAAAAUCUCAGACGCAGCAACAAAUGUAACGGAUGCUGCAGUAAAAGCUAAAGAUCAUGUAGUUGAGACUGCUGUAGCAGGAAAAGAUGCUGUAGUUGAUGCCGCUAAAGUUACGGGCCAGAAAAUCGAACAAAUGGAGCAAAAGGCUGCAGAUAAAAUCUCUGAUACAACAGCAGAUGUGACUGAUGCCGCAGUAAAAACUAAAGAUCAUGUAGUUGGCGCUGCUAUAGCUGGAAAAGAUGCUGUAGUUGAUGCUGCUAAAGUUACUGGUAAGAAAAUCGAAAAGAUGGAACAAAAGGCUGUAGAGAAAAUCUCGGAUACAACAUCGGAUGUCACUGAUGCCGCAGUAAAAGCUAAGGAUCAUGUAGUAGGCACUGCCAUAGCAGGUAAAGAUGCUGCAGUUGAUGCCGCUAAAGUUACUGGUAAGAAAAUCGAACAAAUGGAGCAAAAGGCUGCAGAGAAAAUCUCAAACGCAGCAAAAAAUGUAACGGAUGCUGCAGUAAAAGCUAAAGAUCAUGCAGUUGAGACUGCUGUAGCAGGUAAAGAUGCUGUAGUUGAUGCCGCUAAAGUUACUGGCAAGAAAAUCGAACAAAUGGAGCAAAAGGCUGCAGAUAAAAUCUCUGAUACAACAGCAGAUGUGACUGACGCCGCAGUAAAAGCUAAAGAUCAUGUAGUAGGUACUGCCAUAGCAGGUAAAGAUGCUGUAGUUGAUGCCGCUACAGCCACUGGUGAAGUACUUUCAAAAUCUGGAGAGCACGUAUCAAACACCGUCAGCCAGACGGCUAAAAAAGUUGGCGACGGUGUAACAGACACGAAGAAAGCAAUAAAUAAAGAACUUGAGAAGGAUGAGAAAAUCAUUGCAGAUGCAGUGCGAGACACUGCUCACACCCUUGAUGAAACUGCUGAAAAGACAAAACAUAAAGCUGAAAAGGAGGUGACAAAAGCUCAAGAAAAAACAAAAGGCUUUUUCUCUGGCAUUUUUAAGGGUGCUAAGCACGCAGCUGAUGAAGUAAUUGACGAUGUCAAAGAAUUCAUUCAUGAAACUGAAGAAGAGGCACAGGAGGAAGAAGAGAAAGUUCGAAAGGUCGCGGCUGAGGCACUGAAAGAUGCAAAGAAAACCGUAGACGAAUCUACAACAAAAGUUUCUGAUGAACUGGGAAAAUUGCACGAAAAAUCAGAAAAAUUGAAAGAUGACGCACAUAAAACUGUGAAAAGUGCUGUAACAAGCGGAACUGAUGCAUUGAAAGAUGCAGCACGUAAUGUGUCACAUACAACAAAAGAAACUGGCCAUAAAAUCAGCACAAAAGUUAGUGAUGCCAAAGACACCGUACUUCAGGAAAUGAAAGAUGAUGCCCAUAUCGUUGAUGAGAAGAUCGCAGAAACAACGGAUCAGGCCUCUUCAGCUAAAGAAAAACUAGAGAAAAAAGCAAAGAAAUCCAAAGAGAAAACUAAAGGCUUCUUUUCCGGCAUCUUCAAAGGUGCAAAAAAUUCCUCAGAGGAGAGUAUUGAUAAUAUAACAGAAGCCGCCAAGUCCAUUGAUAAAUCUAUGAGUGAGGCAGCUACAGGUAUUACUCUGGCUGAAGCACAAAAGGAUUUGUCAGCCAGUGAAAAUGCUGUAAAGGAAGCCACGACGGCUGCCGGAGAAGCUGUUUCUGAUAUACCCACCACAAUCCAAGGUGCAUCGAGCGAAGCAGCUAGGAAGCUAGAAAAAGAAGUGGAUACAGCUAGGAAGAAUAUGGCUGAGGAACUUGAUCGAGCUGCACAUCUAGCCGAAGAAAAAGCAACAAAGAUCUCCAAAGCAGGAGCAGAAUCGGCUGAUGCAAUGAAAACGUCUGCAGCUGAGGAAGUUGGCCGCGUUAAAGAAAAGGGCACAGGGUUUUUCUCUGGGAUUCUUAAAGGCGCUAAGCAUGCAGUAGAUGAAGUUGCAGCAGAUAUUGAUGACUUCAAAACUCAAACUAAAAAAGAAGCUGAAGAAGAAGAAGAAGCCGCUCGACAAGCUUUGAAAGAUUCGGCGGAAUCCGUGAAGAGCGUUAAACAUAAAAUAGAGACUGAUAUACAUGCUGUAAAAACUAAAGUAGAUGACCAAGCUUCCAAAGCAGUUCAACGUGCUGAAGAUGCAGUGGCAACUGCAAAAACAGAUUUGGAGAAAAAGUUGGGUUUAGUCGAUCAGAAAGCUCUAGAAACUGGGGAAUUCAUUUCGGGAGCAGCUGGAAAGGCAAUUCAAGAUGUAAAGGAUACCUCCAAGAAGAUAGAUGAUAAAGCUCAUGCAGUGAAGGACUCCAUGGAUAAAGAGCUGAAGGAAGAUUCAAAGGCUGUUAAACAGGCACUAUCUGAUGUUGCACAUACCGUUACUGAUCCGGCCGAAGCUGCGGUGCUCCAGAUCGAGGCGGAAACUCAAAAGACUAAAGAAAAAACUAAAGGUUUCUUCUCUGGUAUUUUCAAAAGUGGAAAGCAAGCAACUGAUGAAAUGGCUCAUGAGAGCCAGGAAUUCAUCGACAAGAGCAAGAAAGAAUUUGAGGCGGAAAAACAGGCAGCAACGAAAGCAGUAAUCGAAGCAUGCGAUAACAUUGCGGCGAAUAUUCAAUCUGAAAAGGAGAAAACUACCCAAAAAUUAUCAGAAACAGGUCAUGACCUUUCAAAUGCAGCUGUGGGAGUUGCAGAAGAUAUUGGUGAUGGUUCACCAAAGAUUCAAGGUAAAAUUGACCGGAAUAUUGAGGACGUGAAAGAUAAAACUCACAAAGUUCAUGAAAAAGUAACUAAAGAAACUUCCAAAGUCUCUGGCCAAAUCAUCAAUGACCUUCAUGAUACAAAGGACGCUGUGAUUACUAAAGCAGACACGACUACGGCAGCAGGAAAAAAGAAAAUUGAUGAGACAGUUCAAUCAGCAACUCACUCUGCUGGUGCUGCUUACCAAGAAAUCGACAACAAGGCUAAAGUGUCGAAAGAGAAAAGUGAAGGUUUCUUUUCUGGUAUUGUAAAAGGUGCUAAACACGCCUUAGAAGAAGUUACAGAUGAUGUUAAAGAGUUCUGGGAUGAGACGAAGGAAGAAGCUGAAGAAGAAACGGAGCACGCUAAAAAUCAAAUUAACGAGGAUGUCCAACAUGAGCUCGACGAGCCUGGACGAUAUAUUCACAUGGCUAAAGAUGGACGUCUCGAUUUCAAGGACCAUGAAGAUGAGGAACAAACAAAAACUGAAAAACCAAAGGCAAAAACUGGUCCAAUUUUCGGUAUUUUAAGACGUGAGAGGCAUGAUAAAGAUGAUCACGAUAAACACGGAACCGUUGGUAAGGCCGUCAUUGAUACCACUGACGCAAUAGCAGAUUCUGCGAAAUCUGCUCUUGACAAAACGACACAUGAAGUAACAGAAGGUCUAAAAACCACAGAAAAGGAAAUUGUUGACAAGAGCAAGGCCGUCGUGGACUCUGUAGAAACUGCAAACGAUCAGCUCGCGCAAGAUGCCAAGAAAACCAAAGAGAAAAGUUCAAAGUUCUUUUCCGGAAUUAUUAAGGGUGCGAAACACACCGUAGACGAUGUAUCCGAUGAUAUUAAGGAGGUCUGGGAUGAAAGCAAGCAAUCAACCCAAGAAGACGUUAAACAACUCCAGGAAGAAGUCAAGAAAACUAGAAAACAAGUUGAAGGUACAAAAGAUGAGGCAUUGGCAAAUUUGAAGAAGAAAGAAAAGGAACUGGAAACGAAAGUAUCUUGCGAAUACAAACCUGUCGUUCAAACCAUCCAAGACAUUUCAUGGUCAAGCCAACCAACAGCACAAGAUCCUUAUGCCGCGACACUGGCCUUUUUAGAAGACUCUCGUGACACUGCACUGCAAAUAGACGACAGAAUGCCAGCUCCAUCCGCGGAAAGUGAGUCCCCCCGAGAAGAAAAAACUUCAAAAUGUAAAUCAAAGAGUGUAAUUUCGAGUAUGGUGAAGGGUACGAAAAAGGCAACUGAAAAAUUCUGGGAGGAGACAAAGGAGGAAUUCGCUCACGUAUCUGAUAGUUAUGACGUAUCUUCCCCGCAACAUAAAACAGACAAAAAAAGUGAUAUAGCAGAGGACGCAGAGGUUACCUUACAAUCGUUCGGUCCACUUGAGGGUAGAAUUAGGGAAACGAGUACAGUAACAAAAACAGUUUCAGGCAUUCCAGAAAAAUUAAAUGCAACUCAAGAUUUUGGUAGAGAAGUUAGGGUAGCAAGAACUGAAAAAUCACUGGAACGAGAGUUAGACGAUAGUAGUAGGGUGAAGGGUGUAGGGCACCUUGAGCCUCAUGCACGGAAAACCGUCACGACAAUAGUAACAAAGUCGUCUAUGAGGACGACAAUGUCGACCCCGCCACCCAGCCCCGACGAGCUCGGUGACAGUAGAAUUAAAGAUGUAACCGAGGAAGCUGCUAAACGUGCCCAAACCUUAGCGGAUCAAGCCUAUGAACUGGAAAGAUCAGAUAUUACGAUCGAGGAGUCGAGUCAGAGGAGUAAGAUACCCAUCAAAACAAAGGACGAAAAAAGAAAGGAUAAGGAUAAUGGUGUCGUAAUGAUGUCACAUGCAGAGGAUAGCGAUACAACGAUAGUCACUAGACAAUCCAUUAUAACAGAAAUGAUGGAAGAUGACAAUGGAGAGACAUCGGUUGUCAGGAGAACAGUGACAUCAAUUAUUUCCCAAAACUCAGGAUCAUUGAGCCAAGCUGACAUGGAUAAGUUUAUUGAAUCGAGGAAUUUCUCAGAUUCUCCAGCUAAUGUAACAGAAACCAACACCAGAAUGAUAAUAACCGAUAGAAUACCAAAGUCAACAUCGAAAGAGGACAAUGGAGCCUGCACAAGUGCUAAAGAAAUUGUGAGAUCGAUUAGCACAAAGAGCUCCUGGGAAUCUUCAUCGCAAUCCCAUGAGAGGGACAAUUGGGAUCAGAUUCAAUGUUCAUUAGACACAUCACCAGGCUCCGGUGAUAUGGCCUUCACUAAGAACGGCGAUUCACGUCACGAAUUAGCAAGUGACUGUGACAGUGAGGGCUCACCACGAGCCCGGAGACAAUCGCUGAGCAAAAGACGAACUCCUGGCAGCUCAAGUGGAUCGGAUGUUGCUCUCCAUGAAGGUGCUGAACUAUCACCUCUAGAAGACGACCAAGAAUCUGACUUUAUGCAGCAAAGUGAGCCAUCUUACGUCGAAACAGUAACGACGGAAAUUGAUCCAGUAACCAAUGAAAGAAUAAUAAGAACCACACGAAUGAUAGCAUCAGGAACAACGAGCGCAGGAACUGGAUCCGAUGAACUUCGAGAAUCAAUGCAGAAGAUUGUCGACCAAUUUAUGACCGAAGAGAGAAGAGGCCAGUAAAUGAAAUGAAUGCAAAUUAAUCUAUUGAAUUUAAAGAAAAUUAUUUUAUCUAAUUGGUACAGUCAAGGAGUAUGAAUCCUUGGCAAUAUUUUCAAAUUUCUGAUGUUAAUCAGUAUUUUGUAAAUUUGUGUUCUCUAUUUUAAAGAUAUCAUUGAUGUAAAAUUCAGUGAAGUGCAUGUGAGGAAAAAUUAUGGCCUAGGCUUCCGUAAUAUUCGAAUCCAUAUUACGAUUUUUAGUUAUGAUUUCAAGUACGAAAGCUUUUUCGAGUUACAAUUAAAUCCCUGAUCAUUUGAAUUUGAAUAAAUUAUUGUGAGCUAGUAUGACUAGUUUUUUGCUAGUCAUUACUAUGCAAGGCCCUUGCAGCCAUGAACAUGAUCGAAAUAAUCAAAAAAUGAUCUAUUGGUACUUUGCUUUGUACUCUGUCUUAAAUUAUCUAUGAAAACAAGUAUAUUGUUAUGUAUGCUUGGAACACAAACAAAUGAUGUAAAACUCAGAUUAUUCUUCGCUUUAUUGAGAUAAAUUACAGUGCAGCGAACUGUCGGCACCUGCACGAAAGAAAAAUAAUUCAUCGCUUGGUAAAUAAUGGAAAAUGGUAAUGUUUUUUCAAAGUAACUCUUAAGCUUCGGGCUUGCAUUUUGCAAAGCAACAAGAAGGAACAAUUUGCUUCACCGCUAUAUCAGAAAGAUCCAAAUGAAAUUUUCCAUCGCAUCAGUGUAAACAUGUAUUUAAGAUGACAAUGAAAUGUGUAUAGUCACAAUGCCAGCUUGAACAUCUCUGUAAUAUGGCAAUUGAUAAUUUUUAUCAAAACGAGAGAAAAUGCUAACAAAAUGAAUACAGUGUAAAUUAUUUCUUAUUCGAUGAUAAUUGUCUCAAAUGAAUCUUCAAUUAAAUUGUAUAUUAUCAUUAUUUUCUUAUCUUAAUAUGGUAUAAAUGCGUAAUUAUUGUAAACCUUCGAUCAUGCAUAACUGAAUGUAGACGAUUAUUUUAUUUAUGCAAAAAUGAUAUUGAUAAUAGAGUAAAUUUAAUUGAACGCCAAUUCAAUAUUUUCAAUCAUGCUUCAUUGCCAAGCUUCUUUCUGAGGAGACUAAAAAUAGUGAAAAAAACAUAUACAUAUACACAAAAAACAAAAUUACUGGAAAGAAUCUACAAUGGCUGAAUUAAUGAGACAGUUAAUUUAAGGUAUUAUAAAGACUCACGUUUAGGCUGUCGCGAUGAUUAGCUUUCGUUGUCACAAUAAUUGGGAAAAUUUAAUUAUGGAAAGUUUCUAGAAUAUAUUUGAGAUCGAUAUUUAGAUGAUGAGAAAAAUUAUUGAUGAAAAAUAUGAGGAUGUAAUAAAUUAAUAUAAAUGGAGAAAAAAAAUCUGUUCUAGAUUGAGAAUAUUCUAUUACUAAUAUAUAAUAUAUUGUAUUUGAUGAAAUAUGACUGCACAUUCAAGAUUUAUAAAUUAUUGUACCUAUGUCUGAACAAAUUGCAUUCAAUAGACUUCGCCUAGAGCCCAAUUAACCUAUGGACCAACGGCACAAUCAUAAAUCCUAUCAUUUCAAUUAUGAAAAUUCAUUCAUUUUCGUAAUUUUACAUUUAAGUUAAUGUCAAUGUUUGACGCGACUUGUAUCACAAUGGGAAAUAAUUUCGAUUGAUUUUUCUGGGUAAAUUAAUUUUUGUACAUUUUUGCAGUAUUUCAGAAUCUUCGUUAGAUAAUCACUCCUAAUUAGACGACACCUUGUACUUUAUGGUAAUAAUUGGAUAAGGAAAUAAAGGAGGGGAGGACAUUGAAGAAACAGUA